AUGCUGGACUCUGCGGAGGUGUGCGGCCGCACGGCCACCUGGCUGCUAGGGCUCGGCCUGGCCGUCGCCUCUAUAACGCCGCUCUGCUUCAGCGUACCCGUGCCCGCCAACAACCCGUUUGGAAACCUGUGCCUGAAGCGCGACGAGCUGGCUUGGCUCGUUUUCGACACCGCCCUCGUGCUCCUCGUGACUGCGCUCGCGCUCGCCGCGGCCUGGUGGCGCAACCUGCGGCGCCCGGCCUCCCCUGGCCCCCCGCCCGCGCCGCCGGCCGCGCCCAAGGCCCUCCCGCGGCCCCUUGCUCGCCGCAGCUACACGCCUUCAGACCUGGCGCUGCUCGCCGUCUGGUCCGCCUGGAAUGUCGCCGCCCUCGCUGCGCCCCUCGCGUUCUUCGACGUGGCGAAGCCCUACUGGCUCGAGGACGCGCCGCCGGGGUCCCCGCCUCCUUCACAGGCGGCCCUGUGGACCUACGCGGUCGGCGCGGUGGCGGCAUGGCCGGCCAUGGGCAACUUCUUCCUCGCGACCGUGACCGGCGUGCGCGCGUCGCCGCUGUUCGACCUGCUCGGCGUGCGCGCCGAGGACGCCAGAUGGGUGCACAAGCUCACGUCGCGGGCAGCGGUUGCUUGGGUGGCAGUGCACGGCGUGCUGUGCCAGGCCCCCAUGCUGUCCGUCUCCUACUACCUGUUCAUGUGGCAGAACUGGACGUUCUCGACGCCUGCUGGCUUCUGGAACCUGAGCGGCAACCUCAGCCUGCUGGUCGGCGCCGUCAUUGUGGCCACCAGCAUGGCCGCCGUGCGGCACCGUGCCUACGAGGCUUUCCGUGCGGUGCACUACACGCUGUGGCUGGUCGUCUUCUUUGCCUAUUGGCACUACACGGUGUCCUGGUGGUACUUUGUGCCGGGCCUUGUGCUGUACGCAGCAGACCUCGUGCAGCGCUGGCUGUUGCUCGCGUACCCAGUGAACGCCACUGUCCAGGUGGCUGCCGGCGGCAACGCCAAGAGUGGCGGCGAUCGCUACCUGGUGCUAUAUGCUGAUCUGGCUAAGCCGUGCGUGGCAGGCAGCACGGUGUACCUGUGCGCGCCAACCAUCUCGCGCCUGGAGUGGCACGCAAUGACCAUCGCGUCCACGUCACAAGGCGGCAAGCGCGCCUGCCUCGUUAUCAAGGCAUGCGGCGGCUGGAGCGACGCCCUCUACGCACUCGCCGAUGCCGCCGAUGCCCCCGGCGGCGCCGCCGAGCUGCCCCUGCUGAUCGAGGGCCCCUACCCCAGCCGCGCCGCAGCCCGCGCGGUCCGCGCGGCGGCGGGCGGCGCGAGUGUCGUCCUCGUUGGCGGCGGCAGCGGCGUGACCCCGUUCACCGCGGUGCUUGAGGAGGCCCUUGCCGCCGCUGGCGCUGCAGGCGAGUCGCAUGACGGCGCGGCAGCGAAGCAGCAGGGCGGCCUGAUGCACAGGCUGCGGCUCGUGUGGGUGCUGCGGUCCCUAGAGGUCGUUGCGUCUGUGCAGCCCCUGUUGCACCGUGCCGCCGCCGCUGGCGCCGCCAUCGACAUUCACAUCACCCAGGGGGCCUCAGACCCUGAGCACGCUGCCCUCCCGUCCAAGGCGCCGCCGCCGGCGCUGCCCAUCCCCCUCGCGUCCCCGCGCCGCGCCGCCCGCGGCAGCAUGCUGCCGCACCUGAUCGAGGCACUGCUGAUUGUGGCGGCGGUGCUCGGGGCCGCCGCUGGGUACGUCGCCGGCGGCGCGCUCGCGUGCAACUACCAUUUGGAGCCGAGCGACCCGCGGUGGGGCCCCCUGGAGGCGUCCUACAAUGCGUCCGUCCUCGCCGCCAGCGGGGGCGCGUGGCCCAAGGGCCAACCCGCGCUCGCAGACACGGCGCCCUCUGUGUGCCGGCUGGCCGGGCGGGCGGACGUGAUCGGCGAUUAUUGUCAGGUGGACUACACGACACAGGCAAAAUGGCCGUCGGGCGUGCAGCCGACGGCGUGCCAGCCCAUAGGCCUGUGCUUCAUCCUGCCCGGCACCCUCAACAUCAUCCUCGCCGUCGCCGGCAUGCUCCUCACCCCGGCUGCGGCCGCCCUCCUGGUGCGCAGCUGGCGGCUCCGCCGCGGCGCCGACGGCUCGCGCGCGGGGGCCGCGGAGCGCCUUCCCGCCGGCCGAGGCCCGUCGCCAGGCGGCCGCAUCACUAUUCACGAUGAAGCAGACUACGCGUCCAAGGUAACCUCGGCCGCCGUAAUCGAUGCGGCCGCGUCUGCGGGCGCCGGCAUCCGUUUCCACGCCGGCCGCCCAGACCUGCACGCGCUCGUCGCCGACGCGGCCGCGUGCGAAGGCGGCGCGCACGUGUUUGUGUGCGGCCCGAGGGCGCUCACACAGGGCGUGGCGGAGGCGGCGUGCGCGCCCACGGGCGGGCGGCGCGUGCACGUCCACCCCAUCAGCUGGGAAGUUUGA